AUGAUGAACUUCUUCAAGUCCCAGAAUGAGGGCAACAAUGCUGCUGUACCUCGUCCGAAGAGUGCGGGAACUGCAGGUGCUGGGUUCUUUCCAAGCAUAGGCUCGCAUUCGGCGACUGCGACACCUACCACUGCUCUCAGUGAGCAUUCCUACGCUAUGGGAACUACCGGUCUUAAUCAGAAUCGGCAGCAGCAGGAGAACAUUCUGGAUCAUAUGAAGGCCUCUAUGGAUUCAAAUAUUCAAGAGCAACAACAGCAACAGCAGCAACAGCAGCAACAGCAGCGAGCACCGCAAUACGCGCAAUCUUCUGAUGCGGCUCAACCUAGCAUGGCUGCUGCACCAGAAAUCAGCACCACAGACAACGGAUCUUCUACAUCAUCUCGUUCAGAUUCUAACAAUAGUAAUGGACAGCUACCCAGGGGCAAACUUAGGAUUGUUAUUGCAGAAGCCUUGAAUCUUUCGAUAAGAUCGCCUUCUGCAUCGCAACCUUACGUUGUUUGUACGUUUGAAAGUUCUGAGUUCAUUUCCAAUGGUCCUGAAUCCUUGGAUAACAAAUAUCCUUCUAUUUCAGCUGCUAACUCCAAUAACCAAUGGAGCAAAGGGUUGCUUAAUACCAACGAAAAACUUAAGAGACCUUUAUACACUAGACAAUCCUCUUCUCAGCUGGAUAAAUUGGGUAAUAACCAAUUAAACUUAAAGAGAGGUUCCAUUAAUCCUGUAUGGGAACACGAAGCUACUUUCGAUGUCCUAGGAACUCACUCUGAGUUAGACAUCUCUAUUUAUGACGCUGCCCAAGAUGACAUGUUCUUGGGUCAAGUAAGAUUACAUCCAAAUAUGAACGCUGUCACUCCCGGUGUUCAUAGUGAAUGGCAUAAGCUAAAAUCAAGAGCUUUGGGUGAACAUGUCACUGGUGAUAUUCUGAUUCACUGGGAAUAUACUUCUACCAAGAAGAGACAAUAUGGACCACAGGAUUUCGAAGUUUUGAGGUUAUUGGGUAAGGGUACGUUCGGACAAGUUUAUCAAGUUAGAAAGAAGGACACUAUGAGAAUCUAUGCUAUGAAAGUUCUAUCUAAGAAAGUGAUUGUCAAGAAAAACGAAAUCGCUCAUACUAUCGGUGAAAGAAAUAUUUUGGUUCGUACUGCUUCCAAAUCUUCUCCAUUUAUUGUCGGGUUGAAAUUCUCUUUCCAGACACCAACUGAUUUGUAUUUAGUCACAGAUUUCAUGAGCGGUGGUGAGCUUUUCUGGCAUUUACAAAAAGAAGGAAGAUUCACUGAAGAUCGUGCAAAAUUCUAUAUUGCAGAGUUGGUGCUUGCCUUAGAGUACCUACAUGAUAACGAUAUCGUUUACAGAGAUUUGAAACCGGAGAAUAUUUUGCUGGAUGCUAACGGCAACAUCGCUCUUUGCGACUUUGGUCUUUCGAAAGCUGACCUUAAGGAUAGAACGAAUACCUUCUGUGGUACUACUGAAUACCUCGCUCCAGAACUAUUAAUGGAUGAAACUGGAUACACAAAAAUGGUCGAUUUCUGGUCUUUAGGUGUUCUAAUUUUUGAAAUGUGCUGUGGAUGGUCUCCAUUCUUCGCAUCUGAUAACCAAAAAAUGUACCAAAAGAUUGCGUUCGGUAAAGUCAAGUUCCCUCGUGAUGUUUUAUCACCAGAAGGUAGAUCUUUUGUUAAGGGAUUGUUGAAUAGAAAUCCUAAACAUAGACUUGGUGCCAUAGAUGACGGAAGAGAACUAAGAGCUCAUCCAUUUUUCAAUGACAUCGACUGGGAAGCUGUGAGACAAAAGAAAAUCCCACCUCCAUUCAAACCUCAUUUGAUCUCUGAGACUGACACUUCGAACUUUGAUCCUGAGUUCACCCAAACCUCAACCUCUUUCAUGAAUAAGCAGCCGAUUGCAGCUACUCCGCUUUCGCCUGCAAUGCAAGCCAAAUUUGUUGGAUUUACGUUCGUUGAUGAAUCUGCUAUUGAUGAGCAUUAUAACAAUGCAUACAAUAAUCGUAAGUUUUUACAAAACUCAUAUUUCAUGGAGCCCGGUUCAUUUAUUCCUGGUAAUCCUAACCUACCUCCAGACGAAGACGUUAUUGAUGACGAGGAAGAGGAUAAUGAUAGACUUGCAGCUGUGAAGGGAAGUGGUGGUAUUUCUGUAGACUAUGACGGCGACCAUCACAUGGAUGAUGAAUUUGUUAAUGGUAGAUUCGAAAUCUAA